CUGUGACGGCCGGUCCACACAGCCGUGUCACCGUUCCACUCCACUGACGCCGUGAUACCGUACAGCACUCAGUCUCAACAGCAGGUGGGAACCAUGGCUUACCUCUGCAGGAUUAUUCUACUGUUAUUGACCAUUAUUGUUACUAGAGCAGGUGUUGGCGCUUUUGAUUUCCAGUACAAAUCUAUCGGACCCGGUCCUUGUGUACAUGUCACUCUUGACGCCAUUUUGACUCUCAAGUUAAAAAAUGAAUCGAACACACAAACCUUGUCCUUGACCGGGGCCAAGGUUACUUCCGGGACGUGUAAGGCGGACAAAACGGAGCUGACCGUGUCUACUGCACAGUCGCACAGAGUCCAUUUCCUGUUUACCAAAUCAGCUGAUGGCGCCGUGUCUAUUUCUUACAAAGUUGAUUACAAGAGGGAAGGUACGACUGACCUGGUCAUGGACAGUGAGUCGGCGCCCCUGACGGACACUGACCAGACCUACACGUGCGCCUCCGUGGACGCCAUCCUUCUCCACGACGACUCCGGGCACAAUUUCGGAACCUUCUUCGUCUCUAACGUGACCUACCAGGUGUUCGGUUCCCUUAAUGGCACCUUUCCAGAAAAAGUUAAAACGUGUUCGAUAUACAGCGCAAACUCCACGCUACAUCCGGGGAACCGUUCUGAGGGCGAAGACCUGACCGACGGAAGUACAGAGUUUGUUCUUAAGAACGGGUCCGGUGCUGUCUGUGUCCGGAUACAUGGGGAGCUGGAGUUACAGUAUCAGUACCAGCUGAGCGACGGAAACCUGACCACCGUGAAACUAGCUGUUCCAAAAACGGCCCUCGUCAGCGGUUUCUGUGAUGAGGAGAGGUCUUACCUUGUAUUACGUUAUAAAGAAGGGGAGGCAAACAGAGCCGUCGUCUUCUAUCUACGUCACAAAGGAUCUCAAACAUUAUUGGAGAACAUCGAAACCAUCAUCAAAUUAGACUCCGCUAAAUUCCCAGGCGCCAAACUUGCGAAUGUUUUAGUUCGGUCUUACGGACGAAUUGACUACCAACUCGAAACAGAGGGUAGUUUCUAUGGGUGCCAGCACGAGAAGCAGUUUUUAGGAGCCGACUUUGCUCUAGUGACACGACAUCUACGAUUCCAGUCAUCUGGCGCCAGUUUGGCCGAAGGUUUCUCUACUACAAGAACUGGUUGUCCUGAGGAUGUAGUCAAAAUGACAGAGACGGAAACGUUCUCCUCCAAGGAGGGUAACCAAACAUGUCUUCUCCUGUCUGCUGCCCUCAGAUUCUCCAUUCCUUAUACCUCCCGCCAAAACAAGACCGAGAAUCAACUGGUGAAUGUCCCAGUUUCUCCAGAUGUCGAUGUCUCCGGUCACUGUAACUCCACAGUACAGCAGGACCUGACGUUGUAUUUCUACAAUAGCUGGAAACUCAGGUUUGUAUUCGUGUCCACGUCCAGUACAGGGGGUUCCCCUGGCUCCUCCAUCCUCGGCUACACCCUGGAUAACGUCACGCUGACGUACGAGGAGAACCCGCUGAUUUUCUAUAAUUCAUACACAACGACAACAGGCCCGGUUAGGACGGUUUCCAGCGAGACAUUUGAAACUCCCCUUAAAGCAACAGCUAAUGGACACUAUCACUGCGACAGCACCAUGGAGAUAACCUUCACAGACGGGAUCAAGCUGGAGGUCAAGGACUUACGUUUCCAAGCUUUCAGGAGGAGCGAGUCCGGAGACUUUUCUGGGGACGUGUCUACGUGUGACGCCCUCUCCCAGAAGCAACGUCACUACACUGUCUACGUCAUAGUGGCCCUGGGGGUCGUCGCUAUCAUCGCCAUCAUUGUAGUGGUCGGGGUCAUGGCCAUGAAGAAAAGGAAACGUAACUCUUACCAACACAUGGAGUAAUAAAUUUACAGAAAUGA